AUGAAUAUAAAUGAUCUUUCACAUCAUGUUUUAUACAAUAUAUCUACACAUUUAUCUUUCGUUGAUGUUAUAAACUUAUCAAAAACAUGCAAACAAUUGUAUAUUUUAAUCGAAAAUAAUGAUUACUUUUGGAUGACAUUAAUUCAAAAUCAUUUUGGAUCGAAACUAUAUCAACUUUAUGUUAAUCAAAUAUUUCAAAACAAGAAAAAUUCUGAUUAUGUUUUAUAUCGUACAAAAGAAGAUAUAGAAAAAUUUGAAAAAUACUUUCGAGGACAUUUAGAGUGGGAAAUGUGUAAUUUUUGGCUGUUGAACGUAUUAAAUGGUAAAGAUAAUAGUGACGGUUAUAUAGCUCAUAAAAGUAUAGUUAGACAAAAACGACGUCCACGUACAACUGAAUUCAAAAUGUCUUUAACAACUGAAGAAUUCUUUGAAUCUUAUAUGAAUAGAAAUAAAUAUUUAAAUAAUGAAAACAUUCGAGAAAUAUCAAUGUAUAAAUUAAUUUAUUAUUAUUUUAUUGAAGCUAAACGUUUAUUAGGUGCUGAUUUGUUUGCAAUAGAUCUUCGUUGCACACCACAUCAUAGAUGUUGUCCCAUGAGAAAAUAUCUAAAUCAUGAAUACGAUUUAAAUAGUUUAACAGGUCGAUGUGUGCGUUUAUAUUCAAUUCGAUCGAGGGAUUUAGCUGGUAUAAAAGGUAAAUUUAAAUCUAUAUUACCUGGAACCUAUGAAAUUAUAUGUCGUAUUAAACUGGAUAAGAACAAUGAAUAUUUAGCAUACUAUAAUGAAUGUUAUAGUAAAGAUCCUAAAGUAGAAAAAAGUGUGAAAUGCUAUUUUUAUGCAUUAGCUGAUCGUGGUCUUGAUUGCGAAUGUGAUUGGAAAAAAAUGAAUUUUGAUUGGUUUGAAUCGAACUAUUUACUGCAUGGAAAUACUAAUUGGUUUAAUGAAACGAUGGGUAAAAUCAAAGUAUUCGAGUUAUCGAAUAUUUAUUUUGGAUUUCGAAUUAAAUCAGAUUAUGGAUACCGUAAUAUUUUAUUUGACUAUAUACAAUUGAAUAUUAUUAAAUAA